CUUUGCCGGCGGGACGUCAUUCCAUUUGUAGACUAUAGAGAAAAAUAUGGAGCCGCUUCUUCUCUCCCUUGGUUCUGCAACCGUCGUAUCUCCGAUCAGAAAACCUAUUUCUUUCUCCCUCAGAAAACCCACCUACCCUACUAUUAUCCAUUUCAGACCUUCCACGCACAAAGCUUAUCGCCUUUAUCGAAAACCCUGUUCCGCCAUUGAUAAUUCGAAUAAGGAACCUUCUCCCACCUCGGAACAAGAAAAUGAAGUUGAUAAUCUGGGGGUUAAAGCUGCCUUAUCGAUUCUGAGGUUCUACAAAAGAGAGAUUUCUCCAUUGAUGCUAAAUAGUUGUCGCUAUGUUCCAACAUGUAGUGAGUAUUCAAUGAUUGCUUACAAGAAAUAUGGGUUUGUGAAGGGGAGUAUCUUGACUACAUGGCGUAUCUGCCGUUGCAAUCCUUUGGGUGGUUCUGGAUUUGAUCCCCCAAGAUGGUUUAAUGAAAGCACUUUGGACGAGUGAGUUGGUCAAAAAGCAUUGAUCUUUUUCAUGCCUAAAACAAUGGCUUUGCAGAUACCAGGGGAAGUGGGGGAACAUUUCCUGCACUAAUUAAGGUUGGAUCUGAGUUCUGACCAAUAAUUUACCAUUGUUGAUUUUGGGUAAGUAAACCUGGAAUGGGAAUCAAGAUUUGGGACCACUGGCUAAAUAAAUAUUUUUAUUUGAUUCUUGGGUAAACCAUAUCGCAAUUUUUUAUUUUUUUUAUAAUAUUUUAUGGUAAGACGAGUUGUGGGCAUUGGCGCACGUCAUUCUUAACACCAUUGGCUUAACAUGUUGAGAUCGGGUUAGAAGGCAGACUGAGUUUUCUUCAUUCCAAUUUUAGUAAUAAAGAUUAUUCAGUUGAAUUGUUCAAGUCAAUUGACAAUCAUCAUAUGUGGAUGAACAACUGUGUUGUGUAUCUCACUUCUGUUUGACCAAAUUUUAGUUUAUUGUAUAAGCCACCAGUCUUUUUCUUUAACCUAACUCUGGAUCUCUUUA